GUCCGCCACACCAGAGGACGCCAUGAAGUAACGGAUAUACAUAGCCCGAACAACAGCGGAGUCCAUUGUUCCGACAGUCAGAUGGAUCAGCUGACUACGUAAGUGAUGAUAAAACGAGAUGAAACAUUGGGCAGUCAAUCUAUGUAGAUGGGGUCCACUCCGAUAUGUAUGUCUGCGCGCCGUUUAUCGGAAGUAGCUUGCGCCAGAAUCGGUCCAGAUCAAUUGCUUGGAUUCUUGGAAAAGACAAAUCGGCCGUGAAUAGCCUCAAGAUGCACCGGAAGUAGCCUUGUCCUGCAGAUCGAGCCGGAUCAUGAGACUCGUGCCCGAAAGCAAAGGAAACGGUUGGAAGGCAACGGCGAGAACCCCGCUCCUUGUCCCGACGCUGGAAUGUGAAGCACGAAAGAAAAACGGAGAUGGGUUAAUUCUUUGCAGCUCAACCGGGAUUGUGCCUGGGGCCAUCUGCUCUCAACCAUUUCAGACCAGCCCUGCAGAUGAGAUCAGAGACCCAGCAACAAAACAAGAUCAUCGCAGGAGAACCGGGCAGAGCUGUUCUUUUGUAUGCGAGGUGGCAAUAGCGUCCAAAUGUUGGCAGCGCGGAUGGAUGAUGUCAUGUGAUGCAUGGCGGGGGUUCUCGGGAGCUCUCCCGUUGCCUGAGGCCGCCAACAGGCGUCAUCCAACCCCACCACAACAGCAGCACAGAAUGAACGAACUGUUGAGAACUGGCUGGCAAACGGCGAGAACAGGAGGAAUCCGGGUCAAUUGCCCAUAUUAAUAAGGGUCCCUCUCCCUCUGGCACUCCCCGUCUGGUUCCCUUCUUUUUUUUCCUCUUUGCUGUGUUUAGCAUCACUCAUACAUCACUUCUCCACUGCCCGGUGACCUCUUUUCUCUCUCUUCUCU